AUGUCCGACCAAUCAGGACGGCCAGGACAGGGUGAAAGGACAUUUCUAGUCUGUAGAAGCUGGUCCAGGUCUGUCCCAUCGGCCCCAGCCUAUCUGAAUGCGUCUUCGCGGACCGCGGCCCUAGUGCCCUCUUUACGAUCCCGUUCAGGUGUCGUUUUCUCUCAAGUCCAUUUCCUCAUGACAUCAUCUCUUCUACGUACCUUUCUGGUUCACCUCAACACCAAUCUUGUAUGUGUUUCAUUCAUCAACCUCACAGUAGACAAGCUUCUCCAGCUUCAUCAGAAUGACUUCGGAUUUUGUCCGGCAAAGUUUAGUCUCAGACGUAUUGACUGGCGACUGGGGUCACAAAACCUGGCCAGAUCCAACCAUUUGGUUUACCCUUAA